AUGGCGUUGUUGAAGAAGAGCGCCGAACACAACAACCACUCUCGCCUAAUCAAGCUCCGCGAAUUCGACGACACGAAAUUAGGCGUGAAGGGACUCGUCGACGCUGCAGUGGCCACGGUGCCGGAAAUUUUCAGAAUCAACAAAAAACAAUCUUCCGACCUCGACCACAGCUCCAAUUCGGCGCUCUGUAUUCCGGUCAUAGAUCUCAAGCACCCAAUUCCUACCACGGCGGCGGAAGCGCGCAGGGAGAUCGUCGGCGGAAUCCGCGGCUCCUGCGAGGAGUGGGGGUUCUUCCAGGUGCUCAAUCACGGGAUCCCGGAUGGGAUUCUUGAUGAGAUGAUUGAAGGGGUCCGGAGAUUCCACGAGCUGGACCCGGAGAUCAAGAAGCGGUACUAUACCCGGGACCUCUCUGGGUUUUUUCUUGUUUCCAACUUCGAUUUGUACCGGUCCGCCGCCGCCAGCUGGCGCGAUACGAUGGGCUGCGUCGCCGCUCCCGAUCUUCCCCCGCCGGAGCAACUACCUGACGCAAUCAGGGACAUAUUGAUGGAAUACAGCAAACAAGUGAAGAAACUGAGCAAGACAAUCUUGGAGCUCCUGUCAGACGCACUGGGCCUAGAACCCAACCGGCUAAAUCAACUGGGUUGUGGGGCGGGACAGCUGCUCCUUGGCCACUACUACCCAGCAUGUCCUGAACCGGAGGUGACCAUCGGGGUGACGGACCACACCGAUGCCAGCUUCAUCACCAUCCUUCUCCAGGACCAAAUCGGAGGCCUCCAAGUUCUUCAUCGCAACAAGUGGGUCGAUGUCCAACCGAGGAAGGGCGCUCUAGUCGUCAAUCUCGGUGACCUUCUCCAGGUUAGCCCUUCUUUUUUUCUCGAUCCAUCAUUCGUUUCGAACCCGAUUCAUCGAAAGAACAUUUGUGAUUCGCUGAGGAGUUAG